GAUGAAGUCACUAGAAACCAUGACACAAAAAAGACAGUUUGAAUUUUAAAUAAAAUUAAACAAUCACACCAUCAUUUUUCUUUGCUCAAACAAAAUCAUGUCAACUCCACUAUAAUCUCCUCUCUUAAUUCUAUUCUUCUCCUCAUAAAUUCACCCAAGUCUGGGUGUCUUUCUACACAAAAACCCACCACUAAUUUUCUAAUUUUUUUUUUUUUUGAGUUUUACCAAUGGCGAUUUCCACUAGUUUAAGCACCAUUUUAAUGGGUAUUUUCCUGCUGUUUUUGUUGGGUGUAAAAUCAGAAUAUAUAGCAUAUAAUAACUCAGGAAAAAUAGUUGCGGGUAAAAUUAAUGUUCAUUUGGUUCCUCAUACUCAUGAUGAUGUUGGUUGGUUGAAGACUGUUGAUCAGUACUAUGUUGGUGCCAACAAUUCUAUCAGGGGAGCCUGUGUGCAAAACGUGCUGGAUUCAGUGGUUUCAUCUCUAUUGGAAGAUAAGAAUCGCAAGUUCAUUUAUGUUGAAAUGGCAUUCUUUCAACGAUGGUGGAGACAACAGAGUCCAAAGCUUAAGGUGAAGGUGAUGGAGUUGGUCAAUUCAGGUCAACUAGAGUUUAUAAACGGGGGAAUGUGCAUGCAUGAUGAGGCAACUACUCAUUACAUUGACCUCAUUGAUCAGACAACUUUGGGCCAUCAGUUUAUUAAGAAUGAAUUUGGUCAGAUACCACGCGUUGGCUGGCAGAUUGAUCCGUUUGGACAUUCAGCUGUUCAGGCUUACUUACUAGGUGCUGAGGUAGGAUUUGAUUCACUCUACUUUGCUCGCAUUGAUUACCAAGAUAGAGCAAAAAGAAAAUAUGAGAAGGCUCUUGAGGUAGUAUGGCGUGGUUCUAGGACACUUGGUUCUACCUCACAGAUCUUCACUGGUAUAUUUCCUAGACAUUAUAACCCCCCUGAUGGAUUUCAAUUUGAAGUAAAUGAUGUGUCCUCUCCUAUUCAGGAUGAUCCACUACUAUUUGACUAUAAUGUCCAAGAGCGAGUCAAUGACUUUGUUGCUGCAGCCUUAUCACAGGCUAAUGUGACUAGGACAGAACAUAUCAUGUGGACCAUGGGUGAAGAUUUUCGAUAUCAGUAUGCCAAUUCCUGGUUUAGACAGAUGGACAAAUUUAUCCAUUAUGUUAAUUUGGAUGGGCGUGUCAAUGCAUUAUACUCAACGCCAUCAAUUUACACAAAUGCAAAAUAUGAAAUGAAUGAGUCAUGGCCUGUCAAAACUGAUGAUUUUUUCCCCUAUGCAGAUCGUGUUAAUGCAUACUGGACAGGCUACUUCACAAGUAGGCCGGCAUUUAAAGGAUAUGUCAGAGUGAUGAGUGGUUACUACUUGGCAGCGAGACAAUUGGAAUUUCUUAAUGGAAGGAACAGUUCACUCUCCAAAACAGAUAUAUUGGCUAAUGGUUUGGCAAUUGCUCAACAUCAUGAUGCAGUUACUGGUACACAAAGACAGCAUGUAGCUGCCGAUUAUACAAAGCGGUUGCAUAUGGGCUAUGUAGAGGCUGAGAAACUGGUUUCGGCUUCACUCAAUUCUAUGAUCAAUAAGAAUGGAAAAACUGAAACGAGCUUUCAACAGUGUCCUCUUCUUAACAUAAGCUAUUGCCCACCAUCCGAAACUCUUUUGUCCAAUGAAAAAAGUUUGGUAGUUGUUGUGUACAACUCUCUUGGAUGGAACAGAGAGGAAGUGAUACGAAUUCCGGUAACUAUUGACAAGGUCAUAGUUCGGGAUAUUGAAGGAAAAGAAGUAGAAUCUCAGCUAAUACCUUUGACUAAUGCCUCACUCAGUCUUAGAAAUGAUAAUGUGAAAGCAUAUCUUGGUAAACCCUUAGAAAAUGCCAUCAACCACUGGCUUGCUUUUGCAGUAUCUGUGCCUCCCCUUGGUUUCAGCACCUAUAUUGUGUCCGGUGCACAUGAAGGUGCAAGGUCAAUAAUGUCAUCAGCAUUCUCUGUUCAAGGAAAUAUAAAUAACACUAUUGAAGUUGGACAAGGAAAUUUGAGGUUGCUCUAUGCUGGAGGGAAACUUUCUCAGUAUACUAAUAGCAGAAACUCAGUUAGUGCAGUUGUCGAACAGUCCUAUAGUUAUUACACUGGAUUCAGUGGAACUAAUGAAGAUACUCAGGCAUCUGGUGCUUAUGUUUUUCGCCCAAAUGGCACUUUCUCCAUUAAAAGUGAGGGAGAGGAUUCAUUGACUGUAAUGAAAGGCCCACUACUUGAUGAGGUUCAUCAACAACCUACUUCAUGGAUACAUCAGGUAACUAGAGUAUACAAGGAAAAAGAACAUGCUGAAAUAGAGUUCACGAUUGGACCCAUACCCAUUGAUGAUGGAGCAGGGAAAGAAAUUAUUACCCAGAUCAAAACAACCAUGAAAACAAAUAGAACUUUCUACACUGAUUCUAAUGGCCGCGAUUUCAUAAAGAGGAUUCGUGAUCAUAGGACAGAUUGGGAACUCGAAGUCAGCCAGCCAAUUGCAGGAAACUAUUACCCAAUAAAUCUUGGAAUAUACUUAGAAGAUGAAAACAAAGAACUUUCUGUGCUUGUUGACCGUGCAAUUGGCGGGUCCAGCAUAAUGGAUGGUCAGAUAGAAUUAAUGCUACAUCGGAGGCUGCUUCAUGAUGAUGCUAGAGGUGUUGGGGAGGUUCUUAAUGAAACAGUUUGUGCUCUCGAUGAUUGUAAAGGCUCAACGAUUAAGGGAAAAUAUUUUUUUAAAAUUGAUCCCAUCGGAGAGGGGGCAAAAUGGCGUCGAAGUUAUAGCCAGGAGAUAUACUCUCCACUAAUCUUUGCUUUUGCAGAACAGGAUGGGGAUGACUGGAUGAGCUCCCAUGUACCGACCUUUACUGGACUAGCUUCUUCAUACAGCCUUCCUGAUAAUGUUGCUAUAAUCACUCUUCAGGAGCUUGACAAUGGGAAAGUACUUCUUCGGUUAGCACAUCUUUACGAGAACGGAGAGGACAAAGACUUGUCUGUGAUGGCACAUGUAGUACUCAAGAAACUCUUCCCAAACAAGAAUAUCAUUAAGGUGACAGAGACGAGCCUAUCUGCUAAUCAAGAAAGGGCUGAAAUGGAGAAGAGGAGGUUAGCAUGGAAAGUAGAGAAUUCGUCAGGAAAAGAGACAAAGGUGUCGAGGGGAGGUCCUGUUGAUCCCGUGGAGCUGGUGGUGGAACUUGCACCCAUGGAAAUUAGGACCUUCUUAGUAGAUUUAGAAUACAUCAAAAUGUUUGGUGCUUAACUGUACUUUGUGCUGAUUCAUCCAGGAACUAGUUCAUGUCUCUAAUUCUGCCAUUGAGCCAUCCCAUCCCAUCCCAUCCCAUCCCAUCCCACUGAGUAUGUGCUGACUGAGCUUGGACAUGUUGUGUACUUGUUUGUGUAUAUAAUUUACUAUGGAAUUUAUCUUUACACCUUUUCGUUAGUGACAUAAUAUCUUUAGUCA